UCGCUCGGCAAUCGCAUCUCCACCGCAGCCCAUCCAGCGGGUUUAUAAACAUCGUUCUCCUUAUCUAUUUCUUUUUAUUCUCCGUCUCCUUUUUCUCCUCCGAGGCGUGUGUGGCUAGUUCCGUUUAUUUUGUUGUUGUUUUUUUUUUUCUUAAGCGACAGUGAACUUGACAAUGCUAACUGAACCCCCUGCCAUAUUUUGCACGGGAUCGAGUGUCAGACCAAUAGAAAGGAUGUGAAGGCUGAAGAUCUUCGAUUAAAAGUGCUCGUGGAUUGUUAUAUUUUUUCCACUUUUUUGUUCAUUUUCUUUCGAUGACUGAGGGAGGAAGAAGAAAAAAAAAAGUAUCGGGAGUGAUAUGAAUAACUCCCAAUAAUCUCUAAGUACUUUUCGUAGAGAGAUCAUCAUUCGUCGACGCGAUAACAACUGUUAAAGAAAGCAAAGAAAUAAAAGAGGAGAUAGCGAAAACAAAAACGAGUACUUUGAUCUCCGGUGGCCUCGUACAGGGUCAAUAUAUGUGUGAUGACCGUGACCUUAUCGUGUGACCUGGUGAAUGUAAAUGACCCGUGUGACCCCACGUCUUAAAUCCCGGACAGACUUAAACUCCUCGAUUAACGCAGAAGAAGAACAACUCAUUUGCUCCGCUGAAAAACAAACAAACAAAUAAACAAACAGACAAACAAAAGAAACGUGAAGAUAUCCCCCACUGAGCUUUGACUCACAUUCCCCCCCCCCCCCCCCCCGCCGCAUCCAAAGCCAGAUCCAGCAUCAUCCCAACCGCCUCACGGGAGUCAGCAUCCAAACCAAGCAGCUGGCAUGACUCAGCAGUGUGACAAUGGCCCGAGUCAGUGCGCAAGUGAAAACAACAGAGACAGUAUUUAGUGAGAAUUUUAUAACCUGAAGGAAACACCGACAAUGCACUUGCUGCCUCUGCUGUGGUAUUAAGCAGUGUUGCAGAACCGGCAUUGGCAGUGUGUGCAAGCAUGGUCCAAGUCGUGCUUUAAAGUGCAGUCGCUUUUAGCCCUACGUCACUAAUUCCUUUUAAUGUCACGACCCCAGCUGUUGGAAAUGACAGGGCUGCCAACCCUUCUGCUCUUGGCGGCCACUACGGUGUCAGUUGGAAGCUGGCCCGCGCCCCAUGACACAAUCAAUACGACCCAACGCAGAGUGGGAGAGGCCGAGGGGACGCCACAUACUCCAGCCCUCCGCCCUUCUUCUCCAGAGUCUUCCAGUCCACUCCCCUCUAUCGCACUCCAGAGCAGAGGGGAGGUUCUCGCGGGCGGUGUCGCGUUCUCAGGCCCGCCCACGUCCCGCUCGCAGACUCCGAAGUCACGCGAUACUAUAGAUGAGCCCGAAGGUGUGAUGCUCUCCAGCUCGCGCCAGUCUUCCACUUCGAUGCAUUUCUUCCAGUCGUCUUCCUCGCGCUUGUCGGGUCCUGCGCAAAGGCCGUUUGAAGUUGGGGGAAGAGAAGGAGGAGGGGAAGAAGAAGAAGAAGGGGGAGGAGGAGAAGGAGGAAGGGGAAGAGAUGGAGGACGAGGCGCCGGACUAGAGCAUCAGCAGCAACGACUUGCACCAUAUCACUCCGCGUCGUUUCCUUCGUCAGCCCCUCGUCUGCUGAGAUCCGACCUGCCUCCCACCUCAGCCCAAACUUUAACCAACCCUCAAUCAACGCUGAUUGUGAUUUCUCCCACGUCUCCCUCCACUCUCCUGCCUUCCGUCGCUCAGCCGUCUUCCUCCGACGAAGACGAGAAUCCCCGCAAGACGACGGAGGCCCCGAGGAAACACCACAAGGAGGAGAAGACGGGCGGCGAGGGCGUCAAAGUGCCACAGGAAGCGAUGACUCGAUCGACCUUCUUCCACGGCCGCUCCCUCAGCAUCGGGUACCUGAAGGCCAACUCGCACAGACAGAGAACCAACAACAGAUCGUAUCUAAAGCGACUCAGCAGCAAAGGGGUCGACGGGAGAAGAAAAGCCCCUGGGGGACGUGUUCAGCAAACUUUUGAACGUGAACGCUUUCCCCAAACAGCGAGGCUGAAGUCCUCGCCCGGAAUUCCAGCAUCGCCGCCGGAGGAAAUUAGUGUCGCGCAAAAACAUCCCCAACAAAGAGUCGAAAAAGUUGAUAUUUCGAAAGAGAAAGAAAACGGAACUUCCCCAAACGACUCCACAUCGAACGGGGCGAAGUCGAGGGGCUCCGCUGACAGCCAUUUAAGUGAGCAGCCGGAGCUAGGUCUGAGGGAGGAUAAAGGAGCGGCAAAGAGCAAUCUGGAGGCGAGUGCGGGCGACGACGGCGGCCUAUCGAAUGACCAAUCAAGCAACUUGGAUAAAACGAUGAUUGAGAAACAGAGAGAAAACCAGAACUCCACAGAAUCCGAUUUAAAGGCAAAUGUGGGUAAUACGUCCACUACUGAGGAAACGCAACAAGUCAACUUAAAUCUUUUAGAAAUGGAACUCUCCGAUAAAGACGAAGUAGCGAGUGAUCUGAAGCUAGCCAUUGCUAUUCUGCAACAUCGCAUCGUGCCCGACCUUCAACGAGACGGUGCUUCCAACAAUGGCACCGAAACGGCCGAAUUACGUAAGGAAACGGAUGACUCCUCUUUGCCUUUAGACUCCGACGCUGACCAUUAUUUCCCCAAGCAUUCCGACGCGCCCAGAGAUGACUCAGCCAAGUACAACAUAGAAAUCUUCGACACGAAUUCAUCCGAAGAAGAAGAGGAAGAAGGAGAAGAAGAAGAAGAAGGGGGCGAAGAGGUCUCCCUCCACGACCGAGUCAUCACGAACGACACCAUCCUCUACCAGAACGUCCGCGAGACUCCGGAGUCCAUCGAGCGCGAGUCCUGCUAUCGUUGGUUCGUCCUCGUCCUCGACGGCAACUGCUCGGUCAUCAAGCAACGAAUGACAGCCUUCGUGACGUACCUGAAGGCAGCGCUGUCGUUCAAGCUCUCCGUGGACUACAACGACGUCUACGUUCCCUCGGUCUUCUGCGACAACACCUUCAUGGUCAACAUCAGCCUCGACACAAUCAAGAACCCCCAGGCCGAGCACGAACUCAGGUCCCUCGCCGAAGCCAACACCACCCUCCUCGAAAUCUCCGAAGAGAUAUUCUACCUGGAGAAGAUCCUCACCAAGCGUUCGGACGACGAGGAAAAGGACCUUCUCAAACCCCUGGUGAAGAAGCCCGACGACGUGGAACUGGUCAUCUACAUCGCCGUCGGGUGUAUGUGCGUCUUCAUAUUGUUGUCAGUGGUGAUCGUGGCCCUGAUUAAGGUGUGUCGACCUGAGGGAGACCUGAUGGACAUUGGGAAGCCUCUGCCGCACCACUCGCUCACCAGGUCCAUCGACUUCCCCAUCAGGAGGCCCAAUGUUAUCUACUCCCACAGGUUUAGCCAAGCCUUGACACCUGGUAAGUAUGGAAGGAGACUGCAUGACGAGCCCCAGAUAGGCGUGGCAGGAGUGGGCGUGGCCUCCUUGAGCAAUGGUGGGCGGACUUCUGGUUUCAGGUACGACCCGGAGCUGGCCGCGGACCUGUCCCUCGGCGGCGACGAACUCUACAGCAUCGCGGGCAUCGGCGACGACCCCUACAACGACCGCAAGGCCCUCGUGCCCGGCGGCGGCAGCGGGGGGGCCGAGGGCGUGCGCGUCGUGUCCUCCAGCACCGGCAGCGGAGGCGUGGGCGGGGGGGCGGGGGGACCUGUGCUGAGCGCGGGCGGCCGAGGGAGCAUCUUAGGAGGCAUAGACAACCCCUGCUAUAAUAGAUGA